AUGGCAAUUGCUACUGCCAAGAACUGGCCUAUAUAUCAACUUGAUGUUAACAAUGCAUACUUACAUGGUCAUAUAGAAGAAGAUUUAUACAUGCUACCCCCGGAAGGCUAUGACAAAGCUCAACCAGGACAAGUGUGCAAACUUAUCAAAAGCAUCUACGGAUUAAAACAGACAGGAAGAAUGUGGAAUAAAGAGCUUACCCAAUGCUUAACCCAGUGUGGUUUCAAACAAUCACCUUUUAAUCAUUGCCUGUUCACAAGAAUAAAGGAAGGCAGAUUUUUAACAUUACUAGUUUACGUUGAUGAUAUUCUUAUAGCAGGUCAAUCAGAAGAGGAUAUAACUGAAAUAAAAUCUCACCUUGAUAAAGCCUUCACAAUCAAGGAUCUGGGAUAUGUCAAGUAUUUUCUGGGAUUACAAAUCGCACGCUCUGAAACUGGACUAUUUCUUCACCAAAAGAAAUAUCUAUUAGACAUUCUUCAAGAAACAGGUUGUAUGCAAGCUAAACUUUCUGACAACCCACUACCUCAAGGACUCAAACUUGACAACACAACAGGACCUCUUUUGACUGAACCAGAUAAAUACAGGAGGUUAAUAGGUAAGUUACUUUACCUCGGAGUUACAAGACCAGACAUAUCCUACGCGACGCAGCACCUCAGCCAGUUCAUGCAACAGCCGCGUCAACCACACUGGAACGCAGCACUUCAUGUGCUUCGCUAUUUGAAGAGUUGUCCAACACGAGGGCUGUUCUUCCCAGCUCAGAACGAUCUCAAGCUCCAAGCUUUCUCCGACGCUGACUGGGCUUCCUGUCCGAUGACCCGGAAAUCACUUACCGGUUUCUGUAUAUUCCUCGGACCGUCCUUAAUAUCCUGGAAAACAAAAAAACAGAGCACGGUUAGUAAGUCCUCAGCAGAAGCUGAGUACAGAAGCAUGGCUCUCACGGUGUGCGAGCUCAAGUGGAUAACUUACCUGAUGAAAGAGUUUCACGCCGAUCCACAACUUCCUAUACCUCUUCACUGCGACAACCAAGCGGCCCAGCACAUAGCGGCCAACCCGAUUUUUCACGAACGAACGAAGCAUCCGGACAUCGACUGCCAUAUCGUCCGCGAGCAGAUCACCAGAGGCCUUAUUUCCACGGUGCAUGUACCUUCACGGCAACAAAUCGCCAAUCUCUUCACAAAACCCUUAGGAGCGGCGCAGUUCCAGACCCUUCUAUCCAAGAUGGGUUUCCCCAAAAAUUAG